GGUUAGGUUGUUUUGAAGAUUACCAUACGCUAAGGCAAUCAGAAAGUGCCGUCAGAGGAAGCUUUCCGAAUCCUCCUAAUACAGUACAAGAAACGUAAAGGUACCUACGGCUGUUGUCAAAACCCAGCAUCAAAGUUCCGGUGCUAAAGGCUCCCACGAUGACGUACGAUCCACAUAAGCCUAUGUCACCCGACUUCCUCAACUACUUCCUUCGCAUUACUCGCAAGAACGGAUAUCAUUGCGUUAUUCCCUAUGGCUGGAAGCUCGCAGACAAGGCCGCAUAUAUACACGACACGUUGAGACCACCCUUGUACGAUGGCUGGACAUUUCGAGUGUUUUUUUACGCUAUGGAUCCAGUUCAGUCAGACACUGCAGUGCAAGUUGCAUGGAACGACAUAGAUCCGUCCUAUUAUGUAAUCAGAGCAGUAGCUCAAGGGGGCCGUCCAAGCGUGACUGGUUACACACACAACGCAGAUAUUUCUGACCAAUUUGUGGCAAAUGAUAUUAAACAAGGCGAAUAUUUCUCUUUAGCUAUUCAAAUCAAUGGCGAACAUCAUAAUUUCAGGGGACUUUUUAAUGACCUUAAAGGCAACACGCAUAGUAUGUCGAGUAUAAGCAAUGUAACAAAAUGGCAUUACAAGAUUACUCCAUCUUUGAAUGUUAUUACUUCAAUCCAUGUAUACGAUAAUCUGGCAACGGCAUUCCCAGAAUUUGGCCUCGGAGAAGAAUUUCUUCUUCAGCCCGUUCGCCUCGGCGUCGGAUCUUACGGAAUUUUUUUUUUGAAAUACGGCGCUGGCAGCGGAGAUCUCACGAUUGCAUUUAAUGAUGAAAACCAGCGCAGGAGCCACCAUUAUGAUUCAGCGAAGUUGACGCCUGGUGAAAUAUUCACGGUGUACAUUCGUAACACGCCUGUGGGGUGGCUUAUAUAUCCAAGUUUUCAGGCAACGCCAGACCUCCUAGUACAUGAAUUCUAUGAUAGUCUCAUCUCGCCUAUAUUCUCCCCAGCAGGCAUCUUAAUGAUGAACAUGAAGUUUUCAUUAACCCUGUAUCUGAUUAUGUCUUACGCCAGCUAGUCACUGUCGCUGGAGGAAACAAUAGAAGAAAACAAAGCCAAGAUUCAAGGGUGAUUCAGUAAUUAUGCGAAUUCCACGAACACUUGGAAAUGAUGUGGGCAAAGCGUUAAGCGCUAUUUGUAUUGGUUGUCACAAUGUGCAAUAGUGUUAAUGGCGAUUGUAUAAUUUCUUAAGCGUUAAUCUAAUACGAGAGUGGUGAGGGGAUCUUAAACGUUACCUUUUGCCGACCACUGCUGUUUGCCGGCGUAGUUGACAGAAGACACAAAGAUUCGUGUUUGGUUGAGGCGUAGUUCUGCGCCACGUUUCAUAGCAUCCGAGAAGCUUAGCAUUGUCUUCGGCUCACAUGGCACAUCGCAUCGUUGCAUGAGUGGUAGUUUUUAAUUGAAUUAUAGACAUGUAGGUGCCGAAACGACAAACGAGUAAGGCACGCCGUAGUGGCAUCUGUGGAUACACCCUGGGGAUUUUCAACGUGUUCUUAAUGAGCCUUAUUGCAUUUCGCCCCCGUCGAAAGGCGGCUGCCGCGGACUGGAUCAAACCCUCCACCUUGAGCAUUGUCAUAGCCGCAAAGAUACCGCAACGGAUGGAGAAGUGUUAAUUUUAUGCGCUAGCGGUUCCAUAGUGUCACCUAAGUGAUACGGUGCUUUAAUGCGGCUUAGCGUAGGUACACCAAGCGUCACUUGUCCGCUUGACAAAGUUGCGCUAUGUUUAUUUUUCAGAAAUAUCAAAACCGCACAGUACGGUAGCUUGAACCUCAAUUUAUCGAGUUCUCCUGCGAAUACUAUUGCGUCUAGUAGUAGCUUUCCUCGCCCACUCCCUUCACCUUUUUCCUGUCCUUCCCUUCCACAUGAAUUUCGACUGCGAUCAAAGAGUGCCAAGGCUGUCAUUCACUUCUUUCAGGACUGGGCUGGUUCUGCCUGCGCUGGUUCUGACUAUCCCCACCUCCUCUCUGCCAUUCAAACUACCUCCCAACUGGAUUGUUGCAUGUUAGUGUUAAAGGUUAAGCGCUGCAGUUCGGGCAAUGUUUUUGCGGGCGUUCACGGAUAAUAUUAGCUGUCAACAGGGUAUUGCGACGACCUCCGGGUAGCUUCAGAAGGCAAAGUGCAGAUACCAUACGCGGGAAAGGUCCAAACGUGUUUGUCGCACCACCUGCUCUGUCAUGUGCCUUCCAUAUAGUUCCAUGUUCCAUGUCACAUGCCUUGCAUAUAUGCAUCUCUGUACCACCACCAACAAGGUCCAAGGUAGCAAUGGCAGCAAGAGCAAUGGGUAAAUGACAGGGAGAGGCAAAAGAGAGCGUCACCUUAAAAUGCAAUUUAGAGCGACAACGCACUAAUCCAUGGUCUCAUGUGAGCUACAACGAAUAGAUGGUGCAUCACUAGUAAACACAAAUACGGUUUGACAUUAGAGUUUGUCAAAAAAUGGAGAAAUGAGACAGCAAUUUGGUACAGGUAGCUGGCAUCAACUACAUUCAAGUACAACAUGCAGUACGGUAUAUGCAAUGUACACCGCAAUUUACGACAUGUUGAACAUUUCAGAGCCACAACUAAAAGAAAUGGGUCGAGGUUCAUCGCUCCUGUUUAAACCGUGGACUAGAGUCCAUACGAGUAUAUGCGUGUUUCACUGUUUAUUAAACUAGCAGAAAAAACGUUUUCGCUACACCAAGAAAAUUUGAAGGCACCCAAACUAGUAUUUGACCAUUUUACCUUCGCGACUUUUGUGAACGUCGUUUUUGCUAUUAUUGCGGAGCACGAGAUGGCAAUGCAAAAGAUCCCGGCAAUGGCGGCGCCUUUCAAUGAGGGCGAAAUGCGAAAACAACUUGUACUCACAUUUAAGUGUAUGUUAACGUACCCGUUAUGUCCGCGUAAAACUUCACGAGUUAAUUUUAAUUUCGUGCAACGCAGAUGUUAUUUUUCCAACAAAAAACCAAAAUAGGCAGAUAUGAACAUAUUAACCAAAUAACUUCCUAUGACAAAUUAACGCUUCAUCAAACGUAUUAUUUUGACAGGUGUGCAAUACAUAAUGUCUUCUGAUACCUAUUGCUAGAACAAGAACCAAAAAUGCGCUUCAGACAGUUUUGGCAUCUCACUUAUAGUAAUAUGGCUACAUAAAUGCAGCUUUACAAUAUAUUUCCAGGUAUUGUAAAUGUUUAUAUAUCAGUCACAGGAGUUCAGCGAUUAAUAAAAAGAAAGUGAGAGAUACGUGUAGGAGUCAAAUCUCAAAAUGACCAAAACAAUUUGUUCUUAACGAGGCGCAGUAGCACGGCAACACUCAUCCCAUCAAUUGUUUUACUUCUGUUUUGUUUACAUCAAGUUUUCUUCGCGCACUCGUCAAAUAUACGCGCUUAAGCAAACUCUUUUGCCUCUAAAACGUCACUGCGCAGUUGUUGGAUCUGCUUGGUCAUUCCAUAUCACCCGUCAAGCUACAUUGUGGUCGUCGUGAAGGCAAAUGUAUGUUGACAUCCGCUGUUUUUCUGGCUCUUCUCUGCAGUAUUUGUUGUUCAUUUCAUAACUGUGCUACCUACAACGCCACAAAAUAAGUUCAAUAAAUUAUUUGGACUCGGUAGUUUCUAUUUCUAAUGACACGCUGUUAUUGUGACGCUUUAUUUUGUAAUAUGCGUCUUUCUCACCGUUUUUACAGGAAUCCUCCUACUAAACCUAAUUGGUGCCACUGCAGCAAUAAACAGAUUCUUCUCUAUUA